GCAGCACGCCGGAGACGAGCCCCACCGACACGCACGCUAAAGGCAGCCAGCAAUGGAGCUGCUGCUCGUCCCAUGCCGCGCCGCAAGCGCCCGCCCGCUACGCGCAGCCAGCCCCAGAGCCUUUCGCUGCCCCAGCGCCAGGCCGGCGGCCGCCAGCUCCAGCAACGCCGAGGUCAUCGACACCACGGCGACGACGUCGUCGCCGGACGCCCCGAAGCAGUGGCGCGCGGGCGGGCUUGGGCUGGAGCUGUCGGAGGAGUUGCGGCGCGGCAUGACGUGGCGGAUGCUGGCGCCUCCCGCGGCGGCAGUGGCGGCGGACGCCGCGUUCCUGGGGCUGCUCGAGCGCGCACAGCCCGGGGACCUGCCGGCAUGGGCCGCCGCCGCGGGCUCCGCCGUGCUCUUCGCGGCGGGGCUGCUCGGGGUCCACUACGGCUUCCUGUCGUCGAGGUGGGACGCGGAGGAGACGGGGUCCGUCCUUGGCUGGGACCUCGCCGUGCGGCACUGGAACGUCCUUUCCACGGCGAAGGAAUAUUCUUCUUCGGUGGAGGAGGAGGAGGAGGAGGAGGAGGAGGAGGAGGAUGAAGAGGAAUACUACGAAGAAGACGACGACGAGGAUUAAGUAGACAGUGAUUAGAUUAUUAAUCUCAGGGGGUAAAUGUAAUAACAGACCUUGGUUGAUCUAAGAAACCAUUCAAACUCGGGACAAAUGACCUUUGAAAUGCUCGCCGUACGGUAAA